UUUAUCAUGGCGAAGGAGUCGUGAUGGGUGUCCGUUAUUGAACUCAUUGAACUUGUCGUGUAUACGUUUUUUUUUUAUUUUCUUUAGGUUCACAUUGUCGCAUGUCGCUGGAAACGGACAGACCAUGUAACGAAACUCAGCCGGUACUCCGCUUCAACCGUGCUGCCAGCUUCUUCGUGAAGCGUCGUCAUGAGCUGGUUGCGAGCGAGCCUGCGUCGAAGCAGGCCACCCAUACUACGCAAUGUGGAGCCCGAGACUGUCAUCGAGGCCUUCAGGAUGCACUGGCUUCGCGCCCUCGAAGUCAUCGAGAAGUCGAGUGGUGGCACGGUCAUGCCCACUGCCGAUGACAUCACUGGUGUGCUCAACCAUUUGGACCAGAUGGUCAACUUUCUCAUUGACGAGGCCACAAGCGCUGAAGCAUCCAUACCAAAUGGAGGAAUGUCUCCAUCAUCAGUGGGGCCUAUACUGGACUACAUGCUCAUGGAAGGUGUUCUGGAUCGACUAUUCCAGUGGUCCCUGUACACUGGGGAGUUCCUUUCAAACCUCAAGUUGGAGCAACUGAGGAUAUACGAGGUUCUCGUGAGUCACUCCCAUCACGAGCUGCUGCUGCAGCAACCCUUCCUGCGGCCCCUGCUGCAUUUGCUGGCCUCGUGCACUGAUUGUGCCCCACUUGAGGUCGAGAAGCGCCUGGUGGUAUUGCUCAACACGCUCUGUGUCAGCCUCUCCCAGCAUCCGGACCUGCUGGAGGUCUUCUUCAGUGCUAGCUCCAACCAAGGGCCCGCCAGUUCGACUCUGCGAUUCCACUUUUGCACGACCGGCGAGUGUUUCGACAACUUGCCUGCUCCAAUGCUCACAGGGACUCCUACAGGGGGGUUUCUCAUCUUCUCCCUGCUGAUUCCUUUUGUUCAUCGAGAAGGUGCCAUUGGACAGCAGGCUCGAGAUGCACUACUCCUGUGCAUGGCUCUGUCACAAAAAAAUGAAAGCAUUGGUCUCUACAUUGCAGAGAACUCAAACUUCUGCCCGGUUUUGGCCACCGGUUUGAGUGGCCUCUACUCAGUGCUACCGCGAAAGCUGACCAUAGUUGCGGAUGACUGGUACCGCCUCACUCAUGAGGACAUUCAGGAGUUCCCAGAGCUCACCAUGUUCCUCAACUCCCUAGAGUUCUGCAAUGCAGUGAUUCAGGUGUCUCACGCAAUGGUCCAAGAGCAGCUUCUAGAGUACAUCUACCAGGGAUUCCUGAUACCUGUCAUGGGGCCUGCCCUGCACCAGGAUACUGCGGAUAUAGAUGUUGACACUCUUGAGGGCUGCACCAUAUUUGCGAACACACUGGAGGAAAUAGUCACUGCAACAGCAUACCUGGACCUCUUUUUGAGGACAGUCACGGAGCCCCAGCUGCUGUUGGUGUUCUUCAAGUUCCUGAUUACGGAGAGCUAUGAAAGCCACAGGAUUCUUAACACACUCAUAAACCGCAUUGGAGGACACUCUCGACUGUGCUUGGUAACAAUGGCACUUUUUCGGACGCUACUAGAUUUUAACUGCGAAGACAUCAUGUUGGAGCUCGUGCUCAAGUAUCUGGUUCCCUGCUCCCAUGUGAUGGUGAGCCAGAGGAGUCGCGUCUGUGACAUAGAUCUUUACAGCUGUGCCGCCGAAAAGUUUCUCUCCCUCAUUCCUGCUUGCUGUACUGGCAUCAGUGCCGAGGAGGCCCAGCUACCGCUCCUGCGUGAUGGCUUUCCCAUGGAGAGAGUGAUGCACGGUGGAAGCCUUCAGAUACGCAGCCGCCGCCCCCGCCGCUCUUUCUCUGGGGUCCUGGGCAGCUACGAAUCAGGAGACAUGCCACGGUCCUUCACCGCUGUGCUCAACGGCACCCAGCAGCCUCCGUCAGUGGCACAUACUGGCUAUCACUUGUACCUCGCGGACGCGCGUCAAGGGGUGCGCCUUACCAGGCGGGCAUGCUCAGGUUGGUCCUCGUCUUACGAUGAGGCAUCAUCGGUGGAUCUCAAUGGGGCCACAGUUGCUCCGGACACAAAGACAGAAGAUGCCUCUGCCGAGGAGAGCUCGGUGUCUGCGGGGGACUCAGGAAUCUUUGUAACGCGAGAAGCUGCCAAUAAGGGUGGCUUCGAAGCAUUUGGAAGCCCCAACAUCGGUCCAUUCCUGAGCAUAUUACUGACCCGGCUGGAGAUGAUGCCACAGAACAGCGUCUACAUUAACCUACAGUUGACGGCACUCAUUGCACGGCUGGCCCUGUACCCGCAGCCCUUGCUGCGAUCGUUCCUCCUGAGCCAUUCACUUGUGUUUCAGCCAAGUGUCCGGUCACUCUUUCAGGUUCUUGGCUCUCUGAAGCACAAAGUGGACAGCUACUCCUACACACUGCAUAACUUUGAUGAGCUGCUUGCAAGGGCUAGGGUCUUUUUCGCUGUCAGGGAAGAAAGGCUACUGGCAGACACACCUCACAGGCUGUAUGGUGACCAAACAGCAGUGCGUCGAAGCCAAAGCUUUGCUGCGGAGUUCUCGAGAGGGGAGUCAAAACGGAGAAGCCUAGGAAGUUUCUUUCGAAGAACUGGCCUGCCAAAGACAAACCCUGUUCUCGUUGAAACAGGUGGCGAGGAGAAAAGCUACAGGUUCAUAGCAAGGCCAUACCCGAGCGAGUUCACAGAAGAAAGUACCAGACUGGAGUCCAUCAAAACUCAGAAUGCAGUGUUGGCAGCUGUGGUGCUGGAGGAGUUCCUGAAGGAGCUCGCUGCCAUCAGCCAAGAGCACGCCAUCCAGCAGCUUGCAUCAUGACAUCACGUGGCAAGACAUACCCAUUGUCAUUGGGGUGGAUUCCUCCACAAUGAACCAGCACUGAGAUUCUUUGUAUAGUGUUUACACAAGCUCUGUUGCGUGUAUGUGCAUGCAUGCGUGCUUUCUGUACCAUACUGAUGCUAGGUCUGUAUAGAUAGAGUAUUUUAUAGCGAAGAGCCUCUUUGAUGAGUUAGCAUCUGGGUUCUGUGGUUUUUAAUUUUAAUGCUGUUUGGUGUGCAUCACAUCUUCAGAGAGCCCCCAGAAGAUCUGAAUGAGAUAAUGGCAGUGCUAGCCACUUUGGCAUUCCACUGGCAAGUCUGAAAUGUUAGGAGCCUUCUUCAUUUGGUCAGCACAGCUUUAAGAGCUUUGUUGUUCCUGCGUCCAUGGGUUGGGAAGGUGAAGAGGUCAGUGCAAAAGAUAACAGUGUAAAUACACUAUGUUGCAGGAAAGAUGCAGUGUUGUUGCAGGGAACUGCAAGCUUUAGGUCUGCUAGUGGAAGCCAUAGUGACCUGCAUAAUGGUGUAGGGGAAAAGGUGCAAUGUUGUUGACCUGUUUGUUGUCCUUCCCAACAGCGAAGUUUGCAGUUUGUGUUUCAAUGUAGCUUUGAAAACUUGUGCAGAAGUUAGCACUGCUGCUGUCCUCAGUGUUCCAGUAUCUUCUGGUUAUGUAAUACCACCAUCAUCAUUUACUGUCAGUUCUGAAGCAACGGGCAUGCACAAAUAAGUUAUAUUUUCCUGUGCAGCGUCAGAUUUCUAGUGUUGAAGACAAGGUUUACGUCGGUUUUUUUUUUCUUAUUGUUUGCUUUCAAAGCUUAGAAUACAGCUGCUUUAUUUGAGGACUCCUCUCAAGAGUUGGGUUUUACUAGCACUUCUUUAAUCAACAAACGACAUAUUACUAUUACAUCACGUAAACUGUCCAUAAUGCACUAGAAUUUCUUCCUAUAUGUCUUUACUGUCCCCCCUUCUUUCUUUUUCUCUAUGCAGUCAAUGUUUCAAGGGCCAAGAUCUCAGUAAUGUUCAAAUGUUUUAAUGUUUCAAUGUGUUGAUUGCAUGCCAAGAAUCCUUGGCCCCUUAUUUACUUUUUUAGCAGCACUGUCACACUUUGAAUUUCAGGGUUACAUCAACUGCAAAGCAUUAGAAUGCUUGUGCCAGACAAAUGAAAUAUGCGAGUAGCUGGUUAUAAAAGUGCCAGUCAUUAAGUGUAGCAAUGCUCAUAAUUUGGUGAGACAAGUGUUCAAGCUGAGCUGCAUUUUCUGAACUGAACCUACCAUUAAUGUUUUAAUGUAUAUAAAUGUAUUGUCCAAGGGCCAUGAUAAUUCCUUUCCUUUUUUCCUUAUCUGUCAUGCGAACUGGCCAAACCCAGCAUGGCAUUGGUGAAAGACAAUGAUGAAAGGUCAAAAGAAUAGAUGAAGAAAAGAAACAUUACAGAGUCUAGGCCCUGUUUGCAAGGCCACUUAUUUUACAUCAUUUCGGAACAUGGAUGUCACAAAUCAUUACCAUAAAUGCUCUUUUGCAUGUAGGCGACUGAAAAUGCAUUUGCCUUUGCUAGGCUACAGGAACUACAUAAGCUGCAUAUUCUUGCUUCUAUAAAGAAAAAAAGAGAAGGAACAGCACAUGGCAAAUAUACAAAUUCCACCGUUGCAGCUGGAUUUCAUGGUUAUGUGUAUUUGCCAGACCAUUAGGAGCAACCACUUUACAACUUAAGUUUUAGUAACUACUAGUUUAAGUUUUGGGUAAUACUGAUUACAUUUAUUUUUUCUAUUUGUGGCAAGCCUGUACCUUAACAUGUGUGUCGCUAAAUGUUGCCCUGUUCCUGCUCCAUUUUGCAAAUAAGCACCAAUUGUUUUUAAUAGGACAUGUUAUGUAAGCGAGCAACAUUGGUGUUGCAGCAUGUGACACAUUAUCACACCACAUUGGAGCUUACAUAGUUAUUUCAUUUUUAUUGGCAGGCCAGCUGAAAGAAUGAACAAAGCUGGUCUGGCAUGUCAAAUUAAAGAAGGACGUCAGCUGGAAGAGAGAAGUAUGCAAUCAGUGCAUUGUACUGGUCUAAACCUGCGAGGCUCAAACUUGGGAGAAUAGCCAAGCAGCUUGAGAAGAGACUAAGGAAUGCGGGAGGUCAUCGGUAUCAAUUGGAGAGAAAAUAGGUGUAAAUUCUGCACUCUGUUUUAUACAUGGCAGGCAACAUCGUGAAGGUUAAAAUGACUUUUCGCGCAGCCUGCAUACAUAACUAAAAAAAGUAGUGCAUGCCACAUGAAAGCCAGAAACAUAGCCAUGGUAUGUAAUUUGGCAUGAAAUCGCCUUUAUAGGUUGCAGCUACAAUUAGUAAGAAAUUAUUGUGUAAAAGACAAAAUAUAUGGCUCCCUUCAUUUUAAAAUAAGUGGAAGGACUCAUUGUUAUGACAGCUCUUUGUACAGACAACACAGUGCAUUGCUUGCAUUUACGACCAAAAUAUAGUGCAACACAUACUGGAAGUAAAUGAGUGCAAAAUGCUGUGAUUGGAUAAUUCUGAUUGUGGAAAUGUAUAACACUGUGAUUUGACAUGGCAUUAGGCACAAGGUCGCAGGUUUUAUUCUCGGUAAUGAAAUGGAAAAAUCCCUGUAUAUACUUAGAUUUAGGUGCACAUUAAAGAAUCCCACGUGUUCAAAAUUAAUCCGGAACUCUCCACUGUAAUGUCCCGUAGCCCCAGUGUUGAUUUGGGAGUGUAGUGGUCAUCACUAGGUGGUGGCUGAUGAUGAAGGAAAAGAAGUGAGGUGGCACAGAAAUAUGUGCAAGAACAACCUCAUCACAAGGUUGCAGUAAAAAUGUUCCAUGCCGGUUCUCAUCCCUGUCACAGCUACAGUACGUUAAACCACAUCAAUCAGUCAAAUCAACACACAAUUAGUUCCAUCUGCUGCACUUCUAUAACAUGACAUAGUAGUUCAGAAUAAGACACAGCAGAUUAGAAGCCAGAUCACCACGAAACAUGCAGAGUGAUACAGUUCUACAGCUGCACUACUUCAGUAGCUUGAGGACCAUUGCUUGCCAAGUUUCUAUUUGUGGCAAGCCUGUACCUUAACAUGUGUGUCGCUAAAUGUUGCCCUGUUCCUGCUCCAUUUUGCAAAUAAGCACCAAUUGUUUUUAAUAGGACAUGUGAUGUAAGCGAGCAACAUUGGUGUUGCUCGCUUUGUUGGUGUUGAAAUUAUGAUAAAGAUGUGGAGUUAGGCAGGUCACCUAAUGCAUAGAGAAGAUAACCGUUGCCUGUUAGAGUGACGGAAUUGAUGAGGAAAAGUAAGCAUGAUAAAAUGCGACAGCCUUAAGCGGAUUGAUUAGUUUAGGACAUAGGCAGGUGUAAGGUGGUUUUUGUUGAUACAGGGCAAAGGUGAUCAGAGACCUUUUGAAGGCACCAUGUUCUGAACUCAGUCAUUGAAAAGGCUAACUUAGCCACCUAUCAAUCUUCCUGUAUUUACAUUUCAGCGUGCUGUGCUGUGCACAACUGUGCCUUUAACAUUAUCACUGGAGAUGUCAGCAGACAUUGUUUCUCCAUCUUCACAAUGUUGCACAAUUCUAAAACACUGCACAUCUAAUGCAUGAAUGUGUCAUAACCACUGAAGCACUCUUACUGCUGGAUUUGCUUUGUAGUGCAUUUUACCUGUUGAAUUGCUCACUAAAGGUGUUCUGGAGUGUAGAAUAUAUUAUUGGUAAGUUCUGCUUUAAAUAAAUGACAAACAGUUGACAAUACAGUUUAAGUGGUAGCUGUUGUGGUAUAGCUGUGUUCUACUACUACUUGGGGACUUUAUUUCUCUUCUUGUAGAGAAAAGCAGUGUAGUUCAGAACUUGUACAGAGCAGCUUCUUGUGUGAAAACACAAGCAACAAGUUAUUUUGCUGUGAUGGUUGGAUGGCAGGCGUCAUUACAUAUGUUACCAUAGGAGUGCAUGAAAGUAACAGAGUAAGUCUGUAUCCUCAUGCUUGUCAUGAUCUGAGAAGUAUGGCUAGUUGGUAAAGUUCCAUACUGUGAACAGCAUGAAAGUGGCGAGGAGGGAGGGGGGGGGGAUAACAGUACACACUGUUAUAACGCUUUGCGUGUACUACAAUUUCCUGCCUUUCAGCUGCUAGCACCAUGCUGCCUUGCUGGUGUCUGCGACCACAAUAAUUGCUUUCGUAUAGGUUUUUUGUGUUGAAAGUUUUUAUCCCAUUUUGUUUUGCAGAGUGUAUGACAAAACCUUCGAUAGUCAAUCGAUGCCGGCGUCAUCUUGCCUUUGUGUCUUUCACGCUGUUCACAGUAUAACGUUGGCUACUUCUGUUUGCAAUGUCAAAGACAUGCAGAAAUCUGCUGUUUGUGCAAGCCUAUUGUACAUAGAGGUUAGAUUGCCCAUUUUCCCUCUGCAUUCCCAAAUGUUAAAGAAAUUUGUGAUAUAUUGAAAGAUGAGUUGUUAUUGAGAUAUACAAGACAAAUUCUGCAUCACUUCUCUAAGCCCUUAUUGUUCAUAUUAUGGAAGUACAGUAGUUUGAUAGUUUUUCAAUUCCUAGGAGCUAUUUAUGUACUUUGUUGGAUCAAGUUGGCUUAUCCCACUGCUGGUAGAAUUUUAUUUUUGUUUCCUCCGUGCUUUCUUAAGCUUUCUAGUGGCUCAACUUCCAGCUGUUGCCAUGAGAACAAUUGUAUAUCUUCUCUGCGCAGAGGUCAGAGGAUCCCUAAUCCUGCAAGCAGUCUAGACACAACCAGCAUUUCUUUGUGGCAGCAGGAGAACCCGAGAACUGCAGCAUGAAAUAAAAAGACCCAGUUGCUUCUAUGCUUGAUAAAUUAUCCGACUGCUUGGGCCAGGUCAUGGAGAUUAAUGUAACAAUUACAUCUGUUGUCUGUGGGAACAAUCAGUACAGCAGUUAAUCAGAAUGAUGGGUAGUGCAUGGCUCAUAGUAGAGUCAGUCUCCGCCGUCUUCAUGCGUUUGCUUAUGUUAUCCUCUUUGACGCUAGUUGCGCAGAGUCAACACACUGCAGUGAUAAACCUCUUGAAAGAAUCUUUAGCUGCUUUUAGAGUUACUCCCGGUGAGCACGUUGGAGUUUCGCCCAGAUUUAGAAACACAAAUGCAUGUACGUUGCUUUGACGUGCUGAAAACUAUGGGAUAAUCAAGCAGUUCCGAGUUUGUAAGAAUUCAGCUGAUGUGAAAAAAAUCUUCCAAUUCAAAGGAACCAUAAUUUGAACAUAACAGCCUCAAGAGAAGUCUCAACCAAGUACAAUCAAACCACUGUCCAUGAUUGAUGCCCCUUGGUGAUAAUUCAACUUCUGUGGUUCUGCCUACCUACCAAACUUGGUAAGGUAUACAAAGCAGUAUAUCCCUGUAUCCUAUUUGCAAGAGCCUUUGUUGUAAAUAGCCUUCACGAAUUUGUUGCAUUAAGUAGCCCAAGGCAAAUUUUUUUUCUUUGUGUUGUUUUCAUAAGAGCAUAUGGGAUGUGCGUGCUUGCACACAUGCUGUAAAUAUUGUGAUGCCACAGCUGUGUUUUUACCUGCUCCACCUCUUGGCUUGGACAUUUGCUAGUUGCUUUAGCAGUUUUUAGAGUUGGCCACACCAUUACCUUUCUCUGGGUGGAUUUGCACAAGGCACCAUGUGCCAAGGUUCAACAUUGGGUAUUUUGUUGCAGCAUGCGAACUGUGUAGAUAAGCUGCUCAUUCACACAUGGCUCUAAUAAAGGCAUGAGAACACCAG